CCAGGGUCCUAUCCUUCCCCCAAAGCUGGCGCGACUCUGGUUGUAUACAAGGACCUGCUGGUGCUGUUUGGUGGUUGGACACGGCCAAGCCCUUACCCCCUACACCAACCAGAGAGGUUCUUUGAUGAAAUACAUACUUACUCACCCUCUAAAAACUGGUGGAACUGCAUUGUGACAACCCAUGGCCCACCUCCCAUGGCUGGGCAUUCUUCUUGUGUGAUAGACGAUAAAAUGAUUGUCUUUGGUGGCUCCCUAGGAUCCCGGCAAAUGAGCAACGAUGUCUGGGUCCUUGACCUCGAGCAGUGGGCGUGGUCCAAGCCGAAUAUCUCCGGCCCUAGUCCUCAUCCUCGAGGUGGCCAGUCUCAGAUUGUCAUAGAUGAUGCAACUAUUUUAAUCCUUGGAGGGUGUGGCGGUCCCAAUGCUCUGUUCAAGGAUGCUUGGUUGUUGCACAUGCACUCAGGUCCCUGGGCCUGGCAGCCACUCAAGGUAGAAAAUGAAGACCAUGGGGCCCCAGAACUGUGGUGCCAUCCAGCUUGCCGAGUAGGGCAGUGCGUGGUGGUCUUCAGCCAGGCUCCUAGUGGGCGAGCCCCACUCAGCCCCAGUUUGAACUCUCGCCCAUCACCUAUCAGUGCCACUCCUCCAGCCCUAGUUCCCGAACCUCGAGAAUACCGCUCUCAGUCUCCAGUAAGGAGUAUGGAUGAAGCUCCCUGUGUUAACGGCCGCUGGGGAACACUGAGGCCCAGAGCGCAAAGACAGACCCCCUCAAGUUCCCGAGAAGGAAGCCUUUCCCCAGCCAGAGGCGAUGGCUCUCCCAUCCUCAAUGGUGGGAAUUUAUCUCCAGGAUCAGCAGCUGUAGGUGGCUCUUCCUUGGACAGCCCUGUACAGGCUAUAUCUCCUAGCACUCCAUCUACCACUGAAGGAUAUGACCUAAAAAUGGGACUUUCUUUGGCCCCCCGACGAGGGUCACUGCCAGAUCAGAAAGAUCUAAGAUUAGGAUCAAUGGAUCUGAACUGGGAUCCGAAACCUGCUUCCAGUAGCAGUCAUAUGGAUGGUGUGGACAACAGAACAGUUGGGGGAAGUUUGAGACACCCUCCUGAACAGACAAAUGGUGUGCAUACCCCACCGCACGUGGCCAGUGCCCUUGCAGGAGCCGUUUCCCCAGGUGCCCUGCGUCGGAGCCUAGAGGCCAUCAAAGCAAUGUCGUCCAAAGGCCCCCCAGCCUCCGCAGCACUAAGUCCUCCUCUGGGGUCUUCUCCAGGCUCCCCUGGGAGCCAGAACCUGAGCAGUGGAGAAACAGUGCCCGUUCCCCGCCCAGGGCCUGCCCAAGGAGAUGGACAUUCCUUACCUCCCAUUGCCCGGCGCCUGGGCCACCACCCUCCACAGUCCCUAAAUGUUGGCAAACCCUUGUACCAGAGUAUGAACUGCAAGCCCAUGCAGAUGUACGUGCUGGACAUUAAAGACACCAAGGAGAAGGGGCGAGUCAAAUGGAAAGUAUUUAAUAGCAGUUCUGUGGUUGGACCUCCCGAAACCAGCCUGCAUACAGUGGUACAAGGCAGGGGUGAACUCAUCAUAUUUGGAGGACUCAUGGACAAGAAGCAGAAUGUGAAGUACUAUCCAAAAACAAACGCCUUGUACUUUGUGCGAGCAAAGAGAUAAUAUGUUCUAAAACCCUUUCCCUUCCUGUGGCUUUUAAUUUGGAAUUUUCCAGCGUGCAAGCAUUUGGACUGAGAAUUGAGAAAACAAAGGACAAAAUUACUCUCAUAAACCAAACCCCAAUUCCCAACCUCACUCACUCCAGGCUGGGAUCAAAUCUCCAUUAAGAAAAGAAUUAUAUAAAUAUAUAUUAUAUAGCCAACUCUGUUUACAAAGAGGGAGAGAUCUCCUUCCUGGUUCAGAUAAAAUUGUUGCUGUGUUUUA